AUGUUCUGGAUCUCCUUAUUUUCCAGAAAAGAUUCACAUUUCGACCAAAGUUUGGUUGAGAAGCUUUCACAGGAUGUCGGUGCUUUGCGAACUCUUUCAAUUUUCAAGCCAGACUUUCCAGUCUCGCCCCAAUCCCUUCUUAUGGCAGCAAAAGGCGCCAACGCCAUGGAGGCAGUUCUUUGCGUUUGUAAGAUGAAUGCUGUCAUCACAGCAGACAUAAUCGAGGCAUUAUUAGACUCAGAAGACUUCAAUGUCUUACGGCUACUUUUCGGUCGACACAGAUCAAGAUUUCCCAUAACAGAUAUGGUUUUGAUACGGGCAGCUCUCUAUCAAUACCCCUUUAUGGCGCUGGAAAUGAGAAACAGUGCGGACCUUCAGAUAAUUUGGGGAAAUGUCUGGCAAAGCGACUGCUCGGAAACAAAACUUGAUGCAUCCGAAGUUCUUACAAAGCAUGCAACUCUUCAAGUUACUGAAAGCAUGAUGGAGAGAAUAUGGACUUCAGGUCAGUUCAUGGCAAAGACGACUUUGAUGAUUUGA